CUUCGACUGAUUUUCAGUGCAUCGUGGAAUAGGAAAUCUCUAAACCACGAUAGUAAUUUACCAGCACAUCGUCGGAAUUUGGCAGUAACCCCUAAGGGGAAGCAUUCACACAAUGGAGAUUGUGUAUGUGUACACAAAGAAACGCAGCGAGUUUGGUCGACAAUGUAAUUUCUCGGACCGCCCAGCUGAGCUGCAUGUGGACAUCCUUCCAGACCCAUCGCUGGCUGAAAACUUUAUAGAGAGAGACCCAUGUGAUGUGCCAACACAAUGCACCCAAGAAAUGUCAGAGCACGAGGUGAACACAGAGAGGUUUUCGUCUGAGUCACGGGGCAUAAACCACGUGGAAGGUGGCUGGCCAAAGGAUGUCAACCCCCAGGAGAUGGAGCAGACCAUUCGCUUCCGCAAGAAAGUGGAGAAGGAUGAACACUACAUCAAUACCAUCAUGCACCUUGGGAGUUACUCACCGACGAUGAGGGCCACCUACCUGUCCAUGACUGAGGACCAGCUGCGACACUUUGGGAACGAUUUCCAAGCGUAG